AUGGCAGUAUUGACUAUCUCUCCUACUUUUAGAUAUCAGGAUUCUGAUAACGCAAAGGAAUUACUUGCAAACCUCAGCGGUACCGAUAAAGAAAACAGAAGAUGGGUUGCUCGGGAAAUUCAAAGCGUUGAUAUACAAAAUUAUGAAAAGUUAUUAAGUGACAAAACAGUUGUGAAAUAUUUCAGUCUAGAAAGGCCAUGGACGAGUGAUGAAACUAAGGCUCGAUUAAAGAUUUGGGAAAACCGCUAUAAGGAAGGGCAUCCACAUGGAAAUGAAGAGGGCGUUUCUGAAGUAGCAUAUGUGUUAUCUCCUGAAUAUUGGAAUAGAGGUAUUGGUCAAUCAGUUUUAAGUAAAAUUGUUGAUGAUUGGGGCACAGAAGUGC